GCGCAGAUUUGUAGGAUUAGUGCGAAAUAAAAGUGGCGGCAGCUAAGAUCGCUCUAAAAUUAAUUCAUUGCAAGUUGGCAACUGUGCCAUUACUGUCUGUGUGUAUCAGUUUCAUUUUUUCACCGUUUACAAUUUUCAUGAAACUUUUCCGUUGAUAAUAUUUAAUUGUUAUAAAAAUGAGAGAAAUAAAAUUGACUCGAAAUUUUUUUCUCUGGUGUAUGUCUGUUGUCUACCUAUCAGCAUUUAGUUCUUUAUAUGUGCAAAUACCAGGUCUUUUUGGAGAUAAGGGAAUUUUACCUGCUAGAGGUAUUAUCUCGAUUGAAUCUGGAGCUGAAGUUAUUAAAAAGAAAGCUGAGCAAGUUCCAACCCUUCUAUGGCUGGCUCCAGCUCUUGGUAUAGAUGUGCAUCUUAUGAUGGACCUCAUUGCAUUGCUAGGUAUGGUUAUAUCAUUUGGAAGCAUGGUAUGGGGUAGAAUGAGAGAUAUAUGCAACUUUACCCUUUUGUGGAUUUUGUAUUUCUCACUAUUUCAAAUUGGGCAAACUUUUUUGUGGUUCCAAUGGGAUACUUUACUACUUGAGGUUGGUUUCUUGGCUAUUUUGGUAGCACCUCUAGGAUUUUUACAAAGCUCUAUAAAGACUGGAUUCUUUUCAUCUUUACCGAAUCGACCUCAUGAUAUCAUAUCAAUGUGGAUGGUUAAAUGGUUACUAUUUAGAUUUAUGUUUGCAUCUGGUAUUGUCAAACUAACUAGUAUGUGUCCAACAUGGUGGGAUUUAUCUGCUUUGUAUCAUCAUUUUGAGAGUCAGUGUAUCCCAACUCCUCUAGCUUGGUAUGCUCAUCAUCUCCCUCAAUGGCUCUUGAAAUUAGGAGUUGUGGGAACGUUUGUCAUUGAAAUACCUCUCCCAUUCCUCUUCUUUGCUCCCAUCCGUUCUCUCCGGAUCUUUAGUUUCUAUGCUCAAAUUUUCUUUCAAAUACUUAUUAUUCUAACUGGAAAUUUUAAUUUCUUCAACAUACUCACCAUUGUCAUGUGCUUGUCUUUGGUUGAUGAUGAUUUUCUUUUGAGCCUUGUUGGUCGCCCGACUCCAACUUCUAAAUCAUCUAGUGGUGCAGCUCUUCGGUGGACUAGGAAAAUUCUGACCUUAGCUAUAGAAAAUAUUGUUAUUUUAUGUAUUGUAUAUGGCACAAUUAAAUACUUCUCUCUGAAAUUUCAACCUAGUUGGACUAUUGAUAGUAAAAUUGGUUUUUCUGCAGCUGAAUUUAGAAAUACACUAUCAGAAGUUAUGCCAGCAACUGUUUUCAUUGGUGCUUUUGCUCUGUGUGCUAACAUUCUACUUGCUGUUUAUAAUUCAAUUACUGAGCCUGGAAUUUUCAAAAAAUUGUAUGCACUCAUUGGAACAGCUUUUGUAUCAGUUGCUGCUCUGUGGCUUUUUACCAUUAGUGUGGUCCCUCAUGGUGCUUUAGACGUUCAAUUCCGCAACAAUUUGUGGCCUAUAGUUCACAGGUGGCAUAAACGUGUUGAAGAAUUCCACAUAUCUAAUUCAUACGGUCUUUUUAGAAGAAUGACUGGUGUAGAUGGCAGACCUGAAAUAGUUAUUGAAGGCAGUAACUCUUUGACAGCUGGAUGGAAAGAAUACCACUUUCUAUAUAAACCUGGUGAACUAUCCCAACGCCCUCCUGUUUUAAUUCCCCAUCAACCACGUCUGGAUUGGCAAUUAUGGUUCGCUGCUCUUGGAACAUAUGAACACAAUCCCUGGUUUGUCAGCUUAAUGUAUCGUCUGCUAGAUGGAGAAAAAGAUGUCUUAAAACUCUUGGAUACUGAAAGACUACCAUUCCCACCAAGCAAACCACCGAAAUAUAUACGUGCUAUACUGUAUAAAUAUAGUUUUACUUCCCCCAGUGGUUCAUCCAAAAAACCCAGCGAUUGGUGGACUAGACGUAAAGUACGUGAAUAUUUUAGCAGUGCUAAUAUGGAUGAAAAGCAAAUGAGUGAAUUCUUAGAUGCAGCUAGCAUUCCUAUGGAAAAAACACGCUACCUGCGAGUUACAAAUGCGUUUCUAAAGAAAAGUUUGAUCCAGAUAAGAGAUUACAUUACAUCAGUUCAACCUACAACUUUUAUAUGGUCUUUAAUUGGUACUGGUUUCUGCAUCAAUUUCAUUGCUCCAAUUUUGAGGCUGUAAAUUUUUUUUGUAACACUGGCUUGUUGGAGUAAAAAAAGGACUUUUUUUCUAGAAUUUUUCUUAUUCUCUAACAUUGGAUGCCUUGUGUGAAAUGGAAUCCAGAAUUUUUCACCUUAUUAACUAAGGAAGAAAAGCAUAUUUUAAGGCUUUCAGAUAAAUAAAAUGCACAAUGCAAAUUUCACAUUUCUGUAUGAAUUGUACCAAAACAUAUUUUUUUGCAUAUGUUAAUAACUUAAUGAACAUUUAGAGCUUAGGUUUUAUAUGUUAAAAAGCCUUAAAUAAUUAACUCAAAAUGCAUGUUGCCUUCAGAUUCAUUUGCCUUUUUCAUAAUAUCUCAUGAUUUCUUAAAGCAAGAAAUAUUAAGGAUUGUUUAAAAAUCCUUAGCUUAUACUACUGAUAUUUUCCAUUUGACUUUCUAUUUUUGUUAGACUUUUAAUCAUUUUUAAUAUUUAGUUUUUGGGAUAGUUAAAAUCUAUGAAUAUGAAAUGGGGUUGAAAUAUUUAUUUUUAAUUAUCAAUUUAUUGUUUUUUUUCUGUAAUUGAUAAAAUUUUAUUUUUUUAAAUCGAAUCUCUUACAAAUGAACUAACACAAUGUUUUAUACCUUCAGAUUUAAAUUACUAAAUAGCUUUUGAAGUAGGAUAACUUUGAAGGGAAAGAAAUUUUUCAUAUAUAAUUAAAUUGAACACUGUUACUAAAAUUGUAUUUCUUCAACUCAUCUGAUAAGUAAAAAAGUCUUACUAUUUUGUGAACUCAUUAUUAUAAAUGCAAUGUAGUACUAAAUAUGUGUAUGCCAUGUUAACAAAUAAGUUGCAUUUUUUUUCUCAUGUUAUGUAACAUAAUUACUUUGCUCAAUAUCAUCCAGUUAUUGGUGAAUUUUAAAGAUUGUUUAAUCAUGAAGCAAAAAAUUAUCCUAUUAUUUUGAUUUGUAAUAUGUAAAUAAUAAAUACGUAUUUUGUUUUUAUAAAUUAAAUAUACUUUAAUUUCUAAAACCUUUGUCAAAAAAAAAUUUAUAUUAAAGCUUUUUAUAGUCACUCAGUUUCAAUUGUCUCUGCUUAUAUAUUUUUAUGAUUUUGAAGUAUUAAUUUUUGAUAAAAUGAAAUUAUAUUGUCUGGUGAUCUGAAAUGUAUCUAGCUGAUAAUAAAGAUAAUUUUCUAUUACCAUUUGACAAAUUAUGUCUUUUACGGAAACAUGAUAAAAUGAAAAAGGAAUAUGUACUUUUGUAUUUCCUGAGCUAAAUUUUUUUUUAUUAAAAACAAUAGGUGCCAAAUUUUUCCGUUUUAUUUAUAAAUGAAUUUUAAAUUUCUUAAAACUAAAAUUGAUUUUAAUCUUUAAUGCCAUUAUACAUGAUACUUUCAAAUUUUUGUGAGAAUUUCUUUACCUUCUAACUUUUGAUUUAAGAACAUAUGGUGAAAUAUUUUCUUUCAUGAAAAAUUAGUUUUCAAUGAUGCAACUAAACUUAAUGUUCAAUUCAGUUUGCUGCUGCAACUUAGAUUCCUGAACUAAGUUGUGUCAAUUAAGCAAAAAUCUAUAUUUUUUUGUUUACCAAUGGCGAAAUUCAUCUCAAUAUGCAAGCAAAACUUAAUUCCUCAAACCUCCCAAAUGAGGGUUUCAGCAUUUAUGAACUAUUUUUCUAAACGUUUUUAAGGGAAACAAUAUGUUAAGUAGCGGUAAUUUUUUUCAUGUCUUUAAUCAAAAGUUAUUAGGUAAAAAAACUCAAGUGUUUUAGAGACAUACUGCCUAUUUUUAUUUCAAUCAUUUUAACUUAGUAAUCAUUUAUUACUCAAUUUUGAUUGCUUUCUCAUUUUUAUAUCGUUGAAAACUUAAAUUAUGUUUUUAUUCAUUAUAUAUUAAAGAAACUUUUUUUUUAGCUUUUGUUAAAGAAAUUUAAAACAUUUAUUAUAUUGACUAAUACUACAAUUAAAUCCUUUUUAAUAUAAUUAAAUAUUAGAAGAAAUAUCAGGCUUUGUGAUGUUUUUUUGUAAUCUAAUCAUUAUUAUGUCUUAAUUUAUUGUAUUUUUUUGUACUGCUCUUUCUUGCCUUUAUUAAAUUUUUAAUAUAUUAUGAUUUUAAAAAAUAAUUUGAUAAUUUUCUGGCUACUUUAAUCAUCAAGAAUUUUUAACUCUUAUUUUAUAUAAUUUUUAACAAAUAACUAAACUAUUGAUUCAAAUCUGACUGGUAUAAAUUUCAAUUUGUUUAGAAAUAGAAAAUAAAUAGUGCUCAAAAUCUUUAAUUUUACUUUUUUGUAAAUAUGUGAAUAUUUGAUACUACAGCUCAUUUCUUGUUGUCUGCUUUCAAUUGCUGUGAAAUUGCCAUUGUACUAUUCACUGAUAGUAUUUUCUUUACAUUUCUAAAUAAAUGAAUUUUCUUUUAUUUACUAUGUCUUAAAAUUGUAUGCUGUAGCACGAUUUUGUGAUACUGUUUACUGCAUUCAAUUAUAAAUUAUUGCAUAUUCUCAAAUGUAAAAAAAUAAUUUUGUACUUUAAAAAUUUUUUAAAUCUUUUGUCUAUUUAUAAUACUGGCUAACAUUUAAAUUAUGUUGAAUAGUAAUUUAUUUAGUGAUAAAUUUAUUUUUUUAAAUGAAUGCUAUUUUGAUACCUACUUUUACGUUUGUUUCAUUUUUUUCUGUUAAAGUUUGUAACCUACCAUUCCUUUCUUUGUUUUAAAGAUUAUUUGGUAACAUAAUAAAUGGAUUCCCUUUUCA